AACACCAGUACUUGGGUGUUGGGAUUUUGAUGCAUCGCCAACUUAAGUAUGAAAUCAGCGUUUCGAAACGCCUAUUAUUUGACGCUCUCUCGCUUCUCCUUAAACCCUAACGCCUCUAUUCUUCAUCUUGUUCCCGCCGUUUCCACUUUUAGUUCACCUCCUUCAAGCGUUUUCAAAAACCUUUCCUUCCGUUCCCCUCUCACCGCUACUCUCUCUUCCGCUUCCAUGGUCGGCGGUGACUCCGACGCGCCGCAAUCCUCUCCUUCUCUGGAGAAGCAGUUCGAGAAGUUCCGAGUCGAGCUAGAAGACUCUGGAAUCUUACGUGAACGCAUACGCGCGGUCGUCUUGGAAAUCGAGUCGGCCACUCGACUCAUGCAAGCUAGCCUCCUCCUCGUUCACCAAUCUAAACCAAUUCCCGAGGUUUUAGAGAAGGCAAAGGCUCGGAUUAAUGUUUUAAAGGAUCUAUAUAAUAAACUUGCUGAAGUUGUUAGGGAAUGCCCUGGACAAUAUUAUAGAUAUCAUGGGGAUUGGAGGAGUGAAACUCAAAUGAUAGUUUCUUUGCUUGCUUUUAUGCAUUGGCUGGAAACAGGAACUCUGCUUAUGCAUACUGAAGCUGAGGAAAAACUUGGAUUGAACAAUUCGGAUUUUGGUUUAGAUGUGGAGGACUAUCUUAUUGGUAUUUGUUUCAUGUCAAAUGAAAUGCCAAGAUAUGUGGUGAACCAAGUGACAGCUGGGGACUAUGAUUGCCCAAGAAAGGUGUUGACGUUCUUGACAGAUCUCAAUGCAGCCUUCCGGAUGCUUAAUCUCCGAAAUGAUUUCCUGCGCAAGAAGUUUGAUAGUAUGAAGUAUGACCUAAGAAGGGUUGAAGAGGUCUAUUAUGAUGUUAAGAUUCGAGGCUUGGCGACCAGUGGGGAUUCAGUAGGCGAUCAAGGAACCCAAGGGCAAUCAUAGGUUGCAAAAGUGGUAUAUACAACUAUUAACCCGUCCGACUUUCUUGACUGCUUGGAAUUCAGUUACUUUUGAUCUUCUUUGUGGUCUGCAAUGCCUGAGAGAGUUGGUGGUCCUUUGCUGCAUGGUUUAAAGCCAAAAUUUUGCUACCUAAACAAAGGGAAGAGGGUUAAAUAGUUGUCAUGAGAGUAUACUUGACAAUCCUAAUCCUUUCCAAUUUGUCUACUCUAUCGAUUGCUUAAGUUAGUCUUUUCUGGUAUUCCAUCAAAUUAGUUGCUUCUGCCAUUACUUCUUUUUUAGGACAAUGUCUUUGUGGCCUUCCCUGCCAUUCAUGGUUAAGCUUGGUAUCAGGUUCUGCAUGGUUUUAUUUACGCAUAUAAUAUUUGUACCCGACUGUCACACGAAUCCAUGAUAAUGCAUGAAAAUCCAAAGUAUGGUGGGUUAGCUGGUGCUUAUAAACAUUAGUUAAGAAUAGAUUAAACACUAUUUAAACAAAAAAAUCUCGCAUUUAAUGCACGAUUUUCAUCAAAUUCAAGAAGAGAUUUUAUGGUGUGUCGAAAAUAUAUUUUGCUUAUUAAUUAUCAAUGUUUUUCGUCAAUUACUAUGAACUGAUGAUCAUUGGCAAUCAACAAUGAUUAGCCAUAUGAUUAGAUGACCAUUAACAAUGAUCACGAUUAACACUUGAUAGUGAUUCUCAGUGAUUAAGAUGAUAUUU